UGUCAUCCUCCAGACUCAAUAUUCACUCAUGAUCCUGGUCAAUCAUCCAACUCAACCUUCCAAUUGAUAUCUUGCUACCAAUCACUCCGCCAUGACGCUCGUCAGGAUCAGCAACAACAAAACCCUCAAGGGCCACAAGGCCAUAAUCUUCUCAACCGUUGAACCGCCCCAGGCUCAGAUCGACGCCAUUCAGAAACAGUUCCCCGAUCUAACAAUCAAGACUUUCAUUCAACCGUGGGGUGCACCUCUCGAUCCUAGUUUCGAGGAAGAGGAGUGGCAGGAUACUACUGUCUUGUUGACUGCGACCUUGUUGCCAAAACCAGAACAGGCGCCGCAUUUGCAAUACGUUCAACUUACGAGCGCUGGUGCCAACCAUCUCAUCAAGGAUCCCCUCUUUACGGAUACAAAGAUUCCAUUUUCAACUGCUAAUGGAGUUCAUGGACCUCAAAUUGCGGAGUGGAUCAUAACUACUUAUCUAUCUCAUCGACUUCACUUAAAGGAAUACUCGAAUCUUCAAGAUGAAGGAAAAUGGAAACGUCUUCAUCAAGGUGCCGAAGAUACCGAAGAUACAGCUGGCAAGCGAAUUGGCAUCCUAGGCUAUGGUAGUAUCGGCCGUCAAACAGCUCGUCUAUCAAAAGCUUUAGGCCUCGACGUCCAUGCCUACACUCUUCACCCUCGCAACACCCCAGAGUCCCGCCGCGAUGACUCCUACACACCUCCGGGCCUCGGUGACCCAGAGGGUGAAUUCCCUAGCAAAUGGUUUUCCGGCGGAUCCAAAGAAGAAAUCCACCAAUUUCUUGAUUCAGGACUAGACAUCCUCGUCAUCUCAGUUCCAUUGACUGACAAGACCAAGGGGUUGAUCUCAAAGCCUGAGUUUGAAAUUCUCGGUAAGAAGGGGACUUUCUUGAUUAACAUUGCGAGGGGACCUAUCGUCGAUACCGAUGAUCUUAUCGAGGCGCUUAAUUCGGAAACUAUCAAGGGUGCGGCGCUUGAUGUCACUGAUCCUGAGCCUUUGCCUGAUCAGCAUCCACUGUGGAGUGCGAAGAAUGUGACUAUUACGCCACAUAUCAGUGCGGCUUCCUCAUUUUACUAUACGAGGCUGUUGGAUAUUUUUAGAUUGAACCUUGAGAGGCUCAGCCAAGGACGAAACGACUUCAUCAACAAAGUCAACCGGAAGGAAGGGUACUAGAGGUUUUCGAACGAAGAUCUUAGAAACUAUUGAAUGUGUUUCGGUUUCCUAUCUUCUAUACGGGAAAGAAACGGAUAUUGGAAAUGAAGACACAUCAUCCAGAGAAAGUAGGAGUGAUAUUGAACUACACGUUUACUGAACCAUCUUCGUUUCCAUCAAUACUCUGAUCCUCUGCACCUCAGCAGAACCAUACGUUUCCUCCAGCAUCUCCAUGACUCCCA